AUGGAAGGACUGGAAUCAUCAGGACCGAUGACCAGCAAUAGCUCAGAUCCGUUACUAUCAGCUACAUUAUCAAGUUCAUCACCGUCACGGCCGGAUAACUAUCGGAAUCAUAUUCAUGAUGAUAGUUAUUCAAGCCAUGGUCGUAAUAGUCCUCAUAGUCAAACUGCUGCUACAACAACAGCAUUUAAUCAGUAUACUACGUUAACACCUCUUCAACCACUUCCGCCUAUUUCAACGGUUACUAAUUCGUCUGUUAAAUUUAAUCGUUCUACAGCAAGUCCUGCGGUAAGUGAAUCAGACUCAGGUGCUCCAUCUGGUAGUAGCAUGUUCUUUCAACAAACACCAACAAGUUCCAUACCAAAUUCCUUAAAUUUUGGCUCAUUUGCAUAUAAUAUAAACAUUAAAUACGUUUAUGACAUGAAGAAUGAACCGGAUGCGGAAGAUGGUCAACCUACCGAUUCCAGUAAUGAUAGCAGGAAUGAAUAUACAACACCAGUUACCUUACAUCAACAACUUCAUCAAUUAACUGAACCAUUUUCACCUUCACAAUCACCAUAUGUACCAUCAUAUAGUGGUGUUCUGGAACCGAAACAGGAAAAAUUGGAUUUCAUCAGUUCAACUUCAUACAAUACUUUUAAUGGUCCAAAUGAUAUCUUAGACACAGAAACAAUGGAAACUGUCAAAAGGAAUGGUUCUUCGCCAUUACAAGCUGAUACAAUAUCACAUGCCGGAUCACCAGAUUCUGGUAGCGAUAUGGAUGAGCUAAAUACCAAAGAUCUUGCACAGAGGAUUUCCGCUGAACUUAAACGGUAUUCAAUUCCACAAGCAAUUUUUGCACAACGUGUUUUAUGCAGAUCACAAGGAACGCUUUCUGAUUUAUUGAGAAAUCCAAAACCAUGGUCCAAGCUUAAGAGCGGUCGUGAAACAUUCAGACGUAUGGCAAAAUGGUUACAGGAACCGGAAUUUCAACGAAUGUCCGCUUUACGUUUAGCUGCGUGUAAACGAAAAGAUGAACAACAAAUUAAUGGUGCUUCACAACCGACAACACCAAAAAAACCACGCUUAGUGUUCACCGAUAUUCAAAGACGUACAUUGCAGGCAAUAUUCAAGGAAACCAAACGGCCAUCACGAGAAAUGCAACUGACAAUAUCUCAACAACUACAAUUGGAUCCUACGACAGUUGCGAAUUUUUUCAUGAAUGCCCGUCGUCGUGGUCAUGAUCGUGGUAGGCAAGAGGAAGAGCAACAAGAGCAACAGCAACAGCAAGAGCAACUACAACAAUCACAAACACGACAGCAAGAGCAACAGCAACAGCAUCAAUCCGAACAACAACAUGAUGUGGUACUUAAUUCUAAUACAAAUAGUGAAACGAUUCUUGGUACCAUACCACCGCCACCCGUUUUUGAGCAAUUAUAA